CGGCGCCCGGGCUCCUCCCGCCGCCGUACCGCCGCGCCUCCGUGCCGCCGCCCGGGCCGCUUCCUGCGCCGGGGAGCGACGUGUCGGCGCGGCGGCGCGCAGUAGGCCGCAGGUCCUCGGCUGCCUCGCAGCCACGGCGGCGGGCGGUUCUCGUAUGAUGCAACCGGCAGAGAUAUGACGACGGCCUCCUUCAGGUGCUCCGGGAGUGUUUUCACCGAGCUUUUAUCAAGUGGUGAUUUUAUGCAAUGGCAUCAAGCCACAGUUCUUCACCAGUGCCUCAGCCAAACAGCAGCGAUGCUUUCUUUAAAAAGGAAAAGGAUGUUGCAAAACGCUUCCAGCCCGUGCAGUCACUGCCUGAUGUGUGUCCCAAGGAGCCUACAGGCGAUGCCAGUAGUUUAUGUGACAGCCCGUCUCUAGUUGCGGAUCAGCACAGAUGGACUAUUUAUCAUUCCAAAGUCAAUCUCCCAGCAGCACUAAAUGAUCCUAGGUUAGCAAAAAGGGAAUCUGAUUUCUUUACAAAAACAUGGGGAGUGGACUUUGUGGACACUGAAGUCACGCCUUCAUUCUACCUCCCACAGAUCACCAAGGAACAUUUUGCAUUAUACCAACAGGAGAUCGCUCCGAGAGAGAAAGUUCACGAAAGAUGCAAGAAUAUUUGUCCUUCUAAAGAUACCUUCGACAGGACUCUAUUACACACCUAUGAUAAAUCCAGGACAGAUCUGGAACAAGUACCUAAGAUUUUUAUGAAACCAGAUUUUGCCUUGGAAGAUUCCUUAACGUUUAAUGCCGUUUUACCAUGGUCUCAUUUUAGUACUGCUGGUGGAAAAGGAAAUCGUGAUGCAGCUUCCUCCAAGUUACUUCAAGAAAAGCUGAGCCAUUAUCUGGACAUUGUGGAAGUCAAUAUUGCUCAUCAGAUUUCUCUACGCUCUGAAGCAUUUUUUCAUGCAAUGACCUCUCAGCAUGAGUUACAGGACUACCUCAGGAAAACCUCCCAGGCUGUAAAAUUACUUAGAGAGAAAAUCUCCAAAAUUGAUAAAGUAAUGUGUGAAGGCUCUCUUCGAGUUUUAAGACUGUCGCUCACCAGAAAUAAUUGUAUAAAAGCAUACAAUAAACUGAAGUUAAUGGCUACUGUACACCAAACGCAGCCCACAGUACAGUUGCUACUGUCUACUUCUGAGUUUGUUGGAGCUUUGGACUUGAUAGCAACAACGCAGGAGGUGUUGCAGCAGGAACUUCAAGGCAUUCACAGUUUCCGGCACCUUGGCUCACAGCUCUGCGAACUGGAAAAGCUGAUAGAUAAAAUGAUGAUUGCAGAGUUUUCAACGUACGCUCGCAAUGAUUUAAAUAGACCCCUAGAAGAUGAUUGCCAAAUUCUAGAAGAGGAGAGACUUGUAUCACUAGUAUUUGGACUUUUAAAGCAAAGGAAGCUAAAUUUUUAUGAAAUAUAUGGAGAUGAAAUGAUUAUUACUGCAAAGAAUAUAAUAAAACAGUGUGUGGUUAAUACGGUAUCGCAGAUAGAAGAAAUAGAUACAGAAGUGGUUGUUAAGCUUGCAGACCAGAUAAGAAUGAUGAAUUUUCCUCAGUGGUUUGAUUUAUUGAAGGAUAUUUUUUCUAAGUUUACUAUCUUCCUCAAGAGAAUAAAGGCAACGUUAAAUACUAUCCGUAGCGUGGUUCUCUUGGUUCUAGACAAGAACCAAAGAACCAGAGACCUGGAGGACACCUUGCAAAAGAACUCUGUGAAAGACAGUCCCUUGGACACAGAAGUGGCUUACCUGACACACGAAGGCAUGUUUAUAAGCGACGCCUUCGGCGAGGGGGACCUCCCACUUGUAGCAGCUGACACUACCUCUCAGAGAAACACUUCUCCCAACAGCGAGCCCUGUAGCAGUGAUUCAGUCUCUGAACCAGAGUGCACUACAGACUCUUCGUCCAGCAAGGAGCCAACGUCGUCUGUUACUCCGGGAGUGGAGAUGAUGAUCAGCGAUGACAUGAAGUUGACUGAACUGGAACUGGGCAGGCUGGCAAAUAACAUUCAAGAGUUGUUGUAUAAUGCUUCUGAUAUCUGCCAUGAUCGUUCAGUUAAGUUCCUCAUGGCAAGAGCAAAGGGUGGCUUCCUAGAGAAGCUGAAUUCCAAUGAGUUUGUCGCUCUUUCUCGCUUGAUGGAAGGCUUUAUCUUAGAUACUGAGCAGAUCUGUGGCAGAAAAAGUAUGUCCUUGCGAGGAGCACUUCAAAGUCAAGCCAAUAAAUUUGUGAAUAGGUUCCAUGAGGAGAGGAAGACAAAGCUAAGCCUGCUCUUGGACAACGAGCGCUGGAAGCAAGCUGAAGUUCCUGCCGAGUUUCAGGAUCUUGUUGAUUCUGUGUCAGAUGGCAGAAUUUCUCUCCCUGAAAAAAAACCAACAGGUGCUGAAGAAAGGAAGCCAACUGAAUUCCUUAUUGUUGAAGGACAAAAAUAUGCAACGGUUGGGACAGUAUUGCUGUUAAUAAGAAUAAUCCUGGAGUACUGCCAGUGCGUGGAUAACAUUCCUUCCAUCACCACCGACAUGCUCACCCGCCUGUCUGAUUUACUGAAGUAUUUCAACUCUCGAAGCUGCCAGCUGGUGCUUGGAGCCGGUGCAUUACAAGUUGUUGGAUUGAAAACAAUCACUACAAAAAAUUUAGCCCUUUCUUCACGUUGCCUACAGCUAAUCGUACACUACAUUCCUAUUAUCAGGGCUCAUUUUGAAGCUCGGCUGCAGCCAAAGCAGUUUAGCAUGCUCAGGCACUUUGACCACAUUACAAAGGAUUAUCACGACCACAUAGCUGAAAUCUCAGCAAAGCUCGUUGCCAUCAUGGAUAGCUUAUUUGACAAACUGUUAUCCAAGUAUGAAGUGAAAGCUCCUGUUCCUUCAGCAUGCUUCAGAAAUAUCUGCAAGCAAAUGGCAAAGAUGCAUGAAGCUAUAUAUGAUCUCCUUCCUGAGGAACAAACUCAGAUCUUGUUUUUAAGAAUUAAUGCAAGCUACAAACUUCAUCUGAAAAGGCAGCUGGCCCAUCUAAAUGUAGUCAAUGAUGGAGGACCUCAGAAUGGACUGGUUACGUCAGAUGUAGCUUUCUACACUGGAAACCUUCAAGCUCUGAAAGGCCUUAACAACUUAGACCUAAACAUGGCUGAAAUUUGGGAGCAGAAGAGGUGAUAAUCCACUGGGAGCAGUCACUUGGCUCUGACAACAGACCGACUUUCUUCUAAGAAGCGUGACGACUGUGAGGUGAAUACUGAAGAACAGAGUCCAAGAAAGGACACUAUUGAUAGCUGGGGAAACUAGGCUCAGAGGGAGCUGCAGGGAGUGAUCUUUUGGUGUCCUUCAGCAAGAAACAAGUGAUCAGCUGUCUGUGCAAUGUUUUUCGUUCUCUCUGGAAACAGACUCAGGUUUCUUUGGACCAAAUCCAAAAGAACACAUAGCUGUAACACAGCUGUAGUUGUCUAGAAUGCUCUGUAUAUCUUUAUAUUAAAAAGAUGCUUUGCAUUUCUUCUAGUGCAAUGGAAUUCACACGGUGUCCCACCUUAUUUAAUGAUGGUACAACAUAAAAAGAAAAAAAAAUCUUGCAGUUGGAACUCUGUAGAAAAUGUUUUUCUCUAUAAAAGUAUACUGUUCCAAAAUUUAUUUUUUUACAGAACUUUAUAUGAAUAAAUGUCUUUUGCUUGCAUAUAGGAUUCAGAGUUGUUAGGGAGCAGUCCUGUUUCAGGGUAUUUCUCACAGCUGAGCUCUGCACUGCCGGCUGAAGAGGAGACUUUCUAAAAAUGCGCCUGUUCACUGAAGCCAUCACUGCAGGAUGGAUUUGUGCAUUGAUUGGAACCUGAAGGAAGUAAAAAGGCUGAUGUGUGGAUGGCUUCCUGCGGCUACCCCACCGCUGACUGGGCACUGCCACUUACACUAGGGUAAGUACAGUCAGUUUUUCCACUAUUGAGCCCCCCUUUUAAAGAUAAAACAGCUCUGUAGAGACAGAGGAGGACACAGAAAAUGGGGCAGGAAGCAUUUUAAUGUUUUUAGGCUGCUCAUAAAAGGUUGUACCCUUAAGGAAGGUGCAACUGAAAUUAAGAGGUUUUUUUUAUACUACCUUUUAAGACUGGAUGCUGCCAGUACUAAGUAAAAGUGCCUGUGUAUUUCACCUCACACCUCUUUACCUGAACGGUCUGAGUGCCUAACCCUGUGAUGAUGAUGUACGAUGGAAUUGUCUUACAGUGUGUGUGUGCCUAUGGUUUCUUCAGACAGGCAUGCUUAUCUGUUAGCAUAACAGAUGUCGUUAAUUGUCAGUCAAAAUAAAGCUAUAAAAUCA